AUGCUAUCAUCCAUUUUAACUUCUGGAAAAUAGACUAAGAAUUAAAUCAAUGACCUAUUUUCAAAGCAAAUAGAGAUCGUAGAAAAGUAAGUAGAAUCGAAAUCCAAAAAUAAGGUUGAUUAAGAAGAGGACAAUGAAUAAGGAGUCCAAUAAACUCAAGAAGAUAAAGAAUAAAUGGAUGCGGAUAGAAUAAAGAGAACUUUAUUUGUAGGCAAUGUGAGUAUCAAUGCUAAAAAAAACGAUAUGAGAAAACUAUUCACCUAAUAUGGCGAGAUUGAAAAAGUUUGGUUUAGAUCAAUACCUGUGGAUAGAAAAACAAAGAAGGAAAAUGUCAAACUACCAGUGAGAGCUGCAGUCCUGAUGGGCAAGAUAUAAGAAGGAGCCUAAUCUUAGAAUUGCUAUAUACUAUUUAAGGAUGUGAAAUCUGCAAAAUCAGCAACAUAAUAAGAUGGUCAAUUAUUUAUGAAUCUACAUCUGAGAUGCACCUUAGAAGGACAAAAGAAAAAAGAUCACAUUAAAACAGCCUUUGUUGGUAAUCUCCCAUUUGAUAUUGAAGAAGAAGAAGUCAGAAAAGCAUUCGAGGAAGCCUUUGGAGAAAUCAAUUAUGUUAGAGUUAUCAAGGAUCCCUAAAGACAUGUCGGAAAAGGAUUUGGAUAUGUUUGUUUUAAUGAGUUUCAAUCACUAAAGAAAGCUCUUUAAGCAUAAUCUAUAGAAAUCAAAGGAAGAGAAGUUAGAAUCAAGAAAGCAGCUGAGACAACUAAAAGAGAGGCUAAGGAAUUAAAUAAUGCCAAAAAUGCAUUUUAGAGGAUCCAAAAAAAAUAAUAGAUCUCAUAAAAAGGAAGGAAACCAAGAAGUAACACACAAAACAAAGAGUAAACCUAAAAUAAAUAAGAAAAAUAAUAGUUCAGAGUAUAAAUACACAAGAAGAUUAAGAAGUUGAAAAAGAAGAGAUACAAUCCUAUGGAAAUCAAAGAGUAAAUUAGCAAUAUUAAAACAUAGAGGAAAACACAAGUUAAAGAUACUAACAUUUUCAACUAGUAUUGAGUUUUAAUUGUAUAAAAUAAAUUAUAUUAAAUUUAUUAUUUA